UACUAAUCUCAGCAAAACGACGCCAUUGUUGUUGCUAUUGCAUCUGCUGCAUCUCUCUGUUGUCAAUCAAUUUCUACCUUCGAUUUUGAACAUCGCUUGAGUUUUUCACCAUGAUGUCAAGUAGUUAUGUUCAAGAAAGCUUACGAUAAGCACACUUGGUUCUUUUCGUCACAAAGACACAGCCGGGCUCUCAAUUCACUACAGCAACCAUGAAGCUUCUCCUUGCACUCGGACUUGCUGCAUUAGCCACGGCACAAAUCCCCAUCCCCAAGCGGGAGGUGGGGUUUGUGUACAACUCAGGGUCUCCUAUGGCCCCUGUUCAUUUAGAUUUCUACAUUGAUCAGAUUUGCCCCGACAGCAAACAGGCAUGGCCUACUAUUUUGAAGCUCGCAGAUACCUAUGGACCAAGCGUGCUUCAACUUACAACACAUUUGUUUCCCCUGCCGUAUCACAGAAACUCCUUCUAUGCUAGCAAGGGUUCCCACAUCGUCAACCAACAGACCAAGGGGGCGAACACCUACUUGUGGAUCCAAACCGUCUACAGCAACAUCGACUCACUCACCAACGCAGUCACCCUCAACCUGUCGGACACACAGAUAAUCGAUAAAUAUGCCGCGAUAGCCAGUGGAGUAGGUGUCCCAGUCGCGACCUUCAAGUCUCUCAUCCUGGACGAUACGAUUGAGAUGGACACGAGGGUAGAGUGGAAGUACUGCUGCACAAGAGGUGUUGCUGCCACACCUACUUUCAUGUUGAACGACAUUCUUGUCGCUGCCGAUCCAAGCUGGACGGUCGCUCAGUGGAAGCAGGUCAUUGACCCUUUGCUGGGGUUCCACGCGAGCAAGCGUCAAAUGUCCACAAGAACCUGCCCCGCGGGCGUCAAGCAGUGUGAGUACCUCCCCGGCAAGGUUGAGUGCUGCAAGACUGGAGAGUUCUGCAUCCCUAAUGUUGGAUGUCGCUGUUGAGAACCAGCAUCCUUUGGCUUUGUAACAGUUGUGUGUUGUACACUCCAUUCAAGAUAGGAGCGCGUGUGUGUUUGUGUGCGUGAGUGUUGCAUGUAUUGUUCGAAAAAUGUAUUGAGCAAUAAACCUUUCUGUUUUUAUGAUUAAAA